UAUUUCUGUUUGAACUAAAAAUCAUUUCCAUAAAUUUUGUAAUCUUAUCAAAACAUAAAUCGGGUCCUGUUUAUUCGGAAAGCCGACCCACACCAGUUACGGGUUGGCGGGAACUUUUACCGCCUCUUAUGGCAUUAGGGCUCCAAAAGUAUCAGUCCAAUUCAAAGAAUUUUCAAUCUGCGCUUCUGCAUCACCGAUCGUCUCCCCGAAAAUCUUCUCUGAUCGACUCAGCUCACGGCAACAGUGUUUGUAGGAGAUGGAUACAUCGAACCCAGCUGUCCUUGUCAAUGGUGAUCUGCUUCGCAGCUAUAUCGACAGAUGAAAAGCAAAUUUCUGUAAAGGGCCACCCUCCAUCUGAUCUUAGUACUUUUGUUGAAGUAAUUGGUGUUGCUGAUAGUGCACAAUCUAUUCGUGCAGAGAUAGUGACCAACUUUGGUGAUACUUUCGAUACAAAUAACUUCAACCAACUUUGCCAACUUGCUAAUGGAGAGUUUAGGCACUUGUUUAUCUGAAGAGGACAAAAUGGAGUCUUGUCUACUUUGAUGAAUUUAAAUGAACUUGGC